UCGCGUAUCGUCUGCUGCCCCCUCAUUGGUUUGCCCUCCUUUGAGGAUUUGUCAAUGAAUAUUUAUCUACAUCAAUGGAUACAAGAGUUGGAUGAGCUGAACCAUUUCAUUUUUUGUGACGAAAUUAAUGGCGUGUUUAAUUUCGUUUUCUUGCUAACGGAUACACACGAGAAAAAAAAAUUGGUGACCUAUCUUAAUUGGAUUAACCACUAAGCAACGACUUCCGGUAAGGGAAAGAACUGGAACACCCGAGUCUAAAAUAUGCUGAUACUCGCUGUAAGUCCACUGUCAGAAGUGCUGCCCCAGUCGUUGGCCAGUGAGACAUAUUGACUGGUUCAUUUCUGAAGAUGCCAUUUCUCACCGUCACACGGAACUCGCUAAUUGUAAUUUAGUGAAGCCAGUGACCAGACGCGGAGGAGUCUUGUGCGCUCUUUUUCACAAGGACGGGGGAGGAAUAAAUACGUUUCUCAGAGCGGGGCACGAAUCACGUUGCGGGAGAUGUUUGUUUAAAAAAGAGAUACAUCUUUUUGUGAGGGAUCAAAUUAUCUUCACAGAGAUCAAUGAUUUUUAAAAAACUCUCGGAAGACUGAAAGAAAUAAGAAAAAAAAGGUUAGCAAAAUAAAAUCUUUCUUAAAGUCACUAAUGAGAAUUUCGUGACAUUCUGACAAAUCUCUACAAGUAAUUUAACUUUCUCCUGAUACACAAAACUACUGUCGUUCUUCUCACUGCAAGUCUACAGUUGACUAGAAACAUCACUUUUAGUUCGGCACUAACAAUGACUUGUUAAUCAGAGGGAUGUAUUUAAUAUGAAACUAAUCAAUACAUGUCCGGCUUUGUCUACAUUCGUCUGGACUAUCUCACACGUCUUGUUUCUGUCUUCGAUAGACUUGGCUUAACGUAUGUGUUCUUUUAUCACAGUAUUCUGGGAAUAGGGGUUCUCUAAUAUCCUGGCUUUGCUUUAUUGCAUGAAGUCUGGAGAUUGAUUCUGUGGAGGUAAGGGUUCAUUGCGUUGGAGACAUACUUCGCAUGCUUUGCACAUCUUAGAGAUUUCUGAGUAUGCUGAAUAUUACAUUGUCCCCGGAUGUUUCUACAGUGUCUUCUACGAAUUUUUUAUCCAACAGUAACAAAAGCUUGAACUUGCAGCCGAGACAGUUUUCACAACACUGGAUCAAGCAUCGACCCCAAGUCGAUCCGACCGAGUCGGAGAUGGUCAGUGAUAGUGUUAACCUUUCAACUUUCAUCUCUUAUGACAUAUCCGCCAGUGAGUUCUACACGCUGGACGCCGGCAGAUUCAGCUCUCACCAGCUUGGCUCCACCAACACCUCGAACUUGAUAUCGGACUGGUCAGCGUCCACGUCCCCAGCGCACAUACCGUCCCCGGCGCCCAGCGAGGAAUCAGCAGUGACCACCACUUCUAUCAUUAUUUUCUCCACCUUGUUCUUUGUGGUUGGGACAGUUGGAAUAGCAGGCAAUGUGAUGGUCGUUUCAAUUGUACUGACCGACAGCAAGAUGCGAAGGUCCAUGACUAACAUGCUGAUCCUCAACCUUGCCCUGGCGGACUCGUUGAUCAUGCUGUUUGGCUUGCCAGAAAUCGUGCUGUUUCUUCUGAACGACGGGUGGCAGCUGGGACAGGUCGCCUGCUCGAUAGACAGGACCAUCUUGGUGUGCUCCCUCUACUCUUCAGUGCUCACUCUAGUGGCUGUUUGUAUUGAGAGAUACAUCGCCAUAGUUUUCCCCAUCAAGGCUCACAUCAUGUGCACCAAGAGGAGAGUUUUCCUGGUCAUGGUGGUCAUUUGGGUCAUCUCUGGCCUGUGCGCCACGCCUACGGCCGUCUUUAACAAGGUGCUCCAGCUGUCCCAUACACCACCUCAGAACUUCUGCGUCAUCGCGUUCCACUGGGAUAAGAGCCAGCAUGACGUGUACAACAUGAUCUUCAAGUAUACAGAGUCUGUCGUCUUCUACCUGGGCCCACUCAGCAUCCAAGUCAUCUGCUACGCCGUCAUCGGCAAGCGGCUUUUCGUCGGCGUCGACAAGCUGCACCGGAACAGCGGAGGCAUCAGCUCGGCCUCCCGGCCCAACGGGCGGGGGCCGACGCGGGCCUACAGCGAGGCUAUCAGGGCCAGGCGGGGUGUGGUCAAGAUGCUGAUGGCCAGCGUAGCCAUUUACUUCCUCAGCUACUCCCCGCACCAGGUACUCCUCUACUACAGUUCCUUCUCGCCUGUCAGCUUUGAUAAGACGUGGCUAUUCCACGUGUUCACGUACACCUUGGCCUAUAUCAACAGCGCGGCCAACCCAGUUUUGUACUGCAUCUUCAGCGAUAAUUUCCGCAGCAAAUUCAAGGUAAUAUUUCACAGGUGUGCCUGCUGCAGUAGCUGUUGCUGCUGCUGUAGAUCUAGGGAUGUACAAAGGCCGAUUACUUUGCAUUCCUACACUGAGUAUACCACUUUAGUCAGGAAAACAACACAAAGACAGAAUUCAAUUCCCGCUGUUGCAUUGUAGAAAAAAAAAAACAUAGAUUCAGUUUGAGCAUAUUAAAACCAGAGUUAAUCUCUAAUUUAGUUGUCAUAUUUAAAAUAACACACAAAAAAACUAACCUGUAUUAUGUUUUUCUAUUCCCAUUCAAGGUAUACUUACUAUAUUACUGUACAAACGGAUGUUAUUGUUGACUUAGUACUUUUGUUGAAAUACAGACGUCUGCUAAGGCAGACGUAGGAUCUCAAACGUGCAAUAUGACAUGUUGGAAAUCUGUGAUGUGAACAUCUUGGGGCUAAUAACUUUGCCAUAUUGUGUAUUGCCAUGGCUACCACAUUGUAUGGGCAAAGAGAGUUGUUGAUAGUUCUCAAGAUAAAAAUGACCAUUGGAAGCUUCCAAUUGCAGUUUUAAAAACAAUACUAAGUGAUCUUUUCAAACGUACAAACUAGAGAAAGAGAGAGAAUAUUCUUAGUCAGGCCUAGGUUACGUCGCAAUGGAUUUGGUGCCUGGUCGAGUGAUAUGCGCUCUGUCUCUCGAUGGUCCCCGGGUUGUAACCCUGCCCAACGCCAUCCUACUGGAGGUUUGAGCUUGGAAGUAAUCAUUUUAAAUGUAGACAAAAAACAUCCGAAACAUUAAAACAAACUAGAAGUUAGAAAACACGAGACAGACCAUUCUAGACCAUUACUAUGGAGGCAAAGAAAUGUGAAUUAUAAUUGUUUCAUUUCUGUUGGUUUAGAUCUAGUCAAGCAUCUAUUCAGUCCGAAAACAAAAGCAGCUUUCAAAUCCUUUGUUGUCUUUUGUUUGCUCACAUUGGAAUGUGGUCUUGCUUGCUGUAAGGGCAUUAGAUUGUGUGGAAAUUAUCACUCAACGUUUUCCUAGUUGUACUUCAGUAUAUUUAUUUACUAAAACAAUGUUUAGAAGUAACUUACACGAAUAUAUUAGUACAGUUAUCAGAUUAGCAUUGUCUGGUUUAAACUGAAUAUUUCAGUAACAUUACUAACUUACAAUUACUGACAACAGCUCCUCUAAAAAAAAACAACAACUUUUGAAUGAGUUUUUUUUUUCAAAUAGAAACAUGGCAUGAUUCGUACAUGCGGUUCUAGUUUAUCUGUCUAAAUAUAAGGUAGCACAUAUCACUUAUAAGAUAUGUAUUGUUUACAAUUGAAACGAAGGAGUUUAAUUUUAUAUCAGUUUCUAUGGAGUGGAAAGAUGUUUUAAAUAAGAUAGCCAUUAUUAUUUUCUUAAAAUUUACUUUGAGAGAAACAGAAAUACAUUGAAUGUAUUAAAGCAUGGAGCAAGUAAUGAAACAGACAUGCAAUGAUACGCUCUGAUGUGAACAAUGAAUACAACAAACACGUCACAGCCACGGGUAGUCGAGACAAUGUACGAACUAAAUACGAAGUAUCAUUCUAUAAUAGUAUUCCAGUGUCCGAUUACUGAUACGUUUUGAAAAGGAAAUCAAUUUCAAGCAUACAACUAGGUAUUGUAUCUAACUCAAACCAAGGAAUCAUCCUUGCAGAAACUUUCGCGGCUUAAAUUUGGUUUAGCAAGUGUCUAUUAUGUUUGAUUAUUUAUUUCCUGCACCAGAGCUCUCCAAGGCUAAACUUGUAGUUUAAGAUAGCAUUUGCCUAGGUUUCUUUUGGCUUUAUUGUGUUCUUUUUACUUUUGAAAUUUAGAAACUGAAAUAUAAUAAUAAUUAUAUAACUUAUGACUGAGCAAAACCUUCGGACUAAGGAAAAAAAAAAGCAUUGUAUUUACAGCCAAAAAGUAUUUUAUUUAUACUUGGAAAUUCGAUCACGUGCCAGUCCACGAGGAUGACGUCAUGCUGGUGAGUACAGUAGGUGACGUCCAUGUGAGCCAAUACUAAUAGCGUCACUUGUACAUGCCAGAAUGGAGUUAUUUGUCAAAACAUUAAUGUUUAACGCUUGAUUAAAACUGUUCUAUUAUA